GAGCCGUAACGUACUGCUCACCCCUUUCUAAAUUCCAGCUGUAUUACGCAAGAAUGAUAAGUCGAUACUGUAAAUCAUAUCGCACGAUAGCUACGGCAAGAACCGCACUCAACUCAAUGUUUUUGCCAACAUGUCACGCUAGCUCAGCUACGGUUUUAUUGGCAGUAUUGGGGAGUCUCAAACUUUGACUGAAUUCUAUAUAAGUCUCUGAAUGCUCCCGGUCAACUCUACAUUCUUUUUCAUAAUACAUCAGAAAGUCUAUCUACAGAUACUUCAUUCAACAGAAUACUCUCUUCAGAUUCUAGAUCACAAAUCGAAAGUUUCUACCUUCUUACUCUUCGUCAACGAAACAAAUCUCCAAGCGAACUCUACUUCUUUUCAUCAAUAAAUCGAAGAAGAAAGAAACACUAUAAUCUCUUCAAUCAUGUCAUCCACCUCAUACUCGUGGACCAACACAGCUGCCAUUGCAAGAAAGGCAACUCGUGCGACUGGAGAAAAGAAAUUCAGCACUCUCCAAACGUUUUUAAUCGCACUGGGUGUCUUGAUUGUUUUUGGAAUAAUCGACAAUGUCACACCACUCUGGAGCGCAUUGGGCAUUAAAUCAUGCGCCGAAUAUUCCGAAUCUAUAGAUUUUGAGGACCAUACCCCAAUUAUUAUAGAUGAUGACAUUACAGAAGCAACCCAACAGCAGUUGAUGACGCCAGCAGCACCCAGAAGAGACCCUAGGGGAAGAGGCCGCAAGCAGGCCCAAAAUGAAGAAACUCCAAUGACGCCAACGACUCUGAGAAGAAGCUCUAGAGUCAGAGAGCUAAUGGCGAAGAAUGGACUGGCAACACCUGUUCCGACUCCUACAAUAUCGAAGAGAACUACCAAGGCCAAAGCAAAAGUCGUCAAAACUGCGCCACUCGACGACUUUUGCGAGCCGGUUUCAACUCCAACCGGUCGCAAGAAGGUGAUCAAAGGCAGGGAGAAGCAGAUCAUCCUAGACGAAUAUGAUGCCUUCAUGAAUGAGCCGGAGGAAAAAAAGGCUGAAAAGGCACCGGAGGAUGACUUCGAUUAUGAGGGAUACUCCACCCCAUGGACUGCUACACAACGCAAGAAUGUGAGCAAGGGAAGGUUCGGAAAGGUUGUGAAGGGGAAAGGAAAAAAGAAGGCCUAAGAUCGGUCUGAUGGAUUGAGCGCAAUUGGCGCAGGUUGCUAGCCUGAUGGCUGGUUUUUUUUUUCAAAAAAAAAAAAAAAAUUCUUUUUUACUUUGUACGGUACACAAUAUGCGAGAUAUAUCUCGGGGAGUUACUGUCAGGCA